AUGGACAGGGACCGCGAGAGAGACCGGGAUCGAGAGCGAAGGGACGACAGGUUCUCCAACACGUACCGGCCGCGCUCGCCAGGCCCGCGUCCACGCUCUCCAGGCCCCCGAGCUCGCUCCCCUGGGCCUCGCGGCGACAGCUACCGUGCUGGCCGUUCUCCUCCUCCCCGUCGUGGCCUUGCGUCAGCCGACACGUAUACUCCUGGUGGGCGCUCGUCUCGUCCGCGCAGUCGCUCGCCCAUCGUGCGGAGAAGGUCGCGCAGCCCGCGUCGCGAUGACAACUGGAGAGCUCGACCGCGAUCACCGCCCCGGCGCGCUCUCUCACCCAGACGGGAUGGCUUUAGGAACGACAGACCGAGGUCGCCGCGACGUGGCGGUUAUGAUUCGUACACGCGCUCUCCGCGACCCCGAGACAGAUCGCCGCCGCCGAGAGAGCGCGAUGUCUCGCCGGCUAGGAGUCGGGCGCGUUCGCCUGCGCGCUCGAGUCGCUAUGAGGAACCGCGGUCAAGGGUGAACAGCCCUCCCCGCCGUUUCUCGCCUGCCCGCGAUACUCGCGAUUUCCGCCGCCGCUCUCCCUCGCCACGGCGCGACCGUGCUGAGCCACCCGCCGCAGAUACUUGGAGGAGUCGUCGGUCUCCCUCCCCAGCUAGACCCUCGUAUGCGCCCAAUGAAGCAUCGGGUAGAGAGUCUGCAGCAACUUCGCGCCGUUCCUCUCCGCCGCCGAUCCAUCCCAGCAGGGCCGCCCUGGUAGUCGUAGACGACAGACCAGCAAGAGACGCUGCAUCGGCGCCGCGGUCGCCCUACCGUGAACGAGACUACGACCGAGGCCGAGACCAUAAUCGCGAGCGAGAGAGAUCCCCGCCGCGACGAAGGGAAAGCCCCCCGACUGGGCCGCGCGGAGACCGAGACUUUGCUCCUCCCACGGGACCGUCAGCAUCGUACCGCAAUGGCGACAACAACAACAACAACUUUGCGAGGGCUCCGCCAACAGGCCCUUCCAGCCGCAGCUAUCCUUCGCCUGUCAUCUCGCCGCCUGUAGGCCCUGCCAGCGCGAACACGCAACCGCCAGCGUUCCCUAGAGCAAGCAACCCUGUGCUCGCUGCGCCUACACGACCCCGAGGUGGCGGGCGCGGUGGCUUUGCCUAUGACGCCCCUCGCGACUUCUCCGGUCCAGCGCCUCGCCGCGGUUCAUGGGGUUCAGGACCCCGAGGAGGAGGCUUCUACGGUGGUGGUGCGCCAUCAGGUCCCCGUGGCUCCGGUACUGGUCCAACGCCCUUUGCGCCCCCAUUCCGUGGUUCCAGCAACUCGACAGCCACUACAUACCCACGCACUAUGCGCUUCCGCGACCAUCUAUCCGAUCUCCCCAAGGAAAUUCCCGGUGGGCAGAAAGCGCCGGAACUGUAUGACAAGAGCAAGAUUCUCAAGCUAGAAGAAGAGGCAAGAAAGCUACGCGAGAUGAUUGACAAGAAAGAGGAUGCUAAGAGGCAGAAGCUGAGGGAGUGGGAUGUGCUAGAGAGGGAUGCCGAAGCGGCGCAGAUGAGAGCCGAUCUUGCAGAGGAUUCACUGAGGAAGAUGAGCGCUGAAGGAGAGAUUGGGGGGCCUGCUUUCUAG